CUCCCCUCGCCUGAAAACCGGAACCACUACCUGGAGGGAGGAGCGGCGGUGGUCUUGAGGCCAGUGAUCUCGGCGCCCCAGGCACAGGCGGAGCCUCAUUGGCUGUUGAGCUUCAGCCCUGAGCAGAGGCGGGCCCUGGAGCGAGCGCCUGGCGAGAGGCGGACUAGACCUCGGAGAACGUGAGCCUGUACUUGAGCUUGAGCCCGAGACUGCCACAGAGUAGUAACAUGCUGCGCUUCCUGGUGCCCCGGCUUCGUGGCCUCGGUGGUAGGACCGCCCCGUACUCGUCGGCAGCAGCCCUCCCAAGCCCCAUCCAGAAACCAGACAUCCACUACAACCAGCUGUUCAUCAAUAAUGAGUGGCAAGAUGCGACCAGCAAGAAGACCUUCCCAACAGUCAACCCUAGCACAGGAGAAGUCAUCGGCCACGUGGCUGAAGGGGACUGGGCUGAUGUGGAUCGGGCGGUGAGAGCAGCCCGCGAGGCCUUCCGCCUGGGGUCUCCGUGGCGCCGGAUGGAUGCCUCCGAGCGGGGCCGGCUGUUGAACCGCCUCGCCGACCUAGUGGAGCGGGAUCGUGUCUACUUGGCCUCACUGGAGACCCUGGAUAACGGGAAGCCUUUCCAGGAGUCUUAUGCCUUGGACCUGGACGAGGUCAUUAAGGUGUACCGGUAUUUUGCUGGCUGGGCUGACAAGUGGCACGGCAAGACCAUCCCCAUGGAUGGUGAGCAUUUUUGCUUCACCCGACAUGAGCCUGUUGGUGUCUGUGGCCAGAUAAUUCCAUGGAACUUCCCCUUGGUCAUGCAGGGCUGGAAGCUAGCCCCGGCGCUUGCCACCGGCAAUACUGUGGUCAUGAAGGUCGCAGAGCAGACCCCUCUUUCUGCCCUGUACUUGGCCUCCCUCAUCAAGGAGGCGGGCUUCCCCCCUGGGGUGGUGAACAUCAUCACAGGCUAUGGCCCAACAGCAGGAGCAGCUGUCGCCCACCACAUGGAUAUCGACAAAGUUGCCUUCACCGGCUCCACUGAGGUGGGCCACCUGAUCCAGAAGGCAGCUGGAGAGUCCAACCUCAAGAGAGUUACCCUGGAGCUGGGUGGGAAGAGCCCUAGCAUUGUGUUGGCUGACGCUGACAUGGGCCAUGCCGUGGAGCAGUGCCAUGAAUCCCUCUUCUUCAACAUAGGCCAGUGCUGCUGUGCAGGGUCCCGGACCUUCGUCGAAGAAUCCAUCUAUGAUGAGUUUCUCGAGAGAACUGUGGAGAAAGCUAAGCAGAGGAAAGUUGGGAACCCCUUUGAGCUGGACACCCAGCAGGGGCCCCAGGUGGACAAGGAGCAGUUUGAACGAAUCCUGGGCUAUAUCCAGCUUGGCCAGAAGGAAGGGGCAAAACUUCUCUGCGGUGGGGAGCGUUUUGGGGAGCGUGGUUUCUUCAUCAAGCCUACGGUCUUUGGUGGUGUGCAGGAUAACAUGAGGAUCGCCAAGGAGGAGAUCUUCGGGCCUGUGCAGCCCCUGUUCAAGUUCAAGAAGAUUGAGGAGGUGAUUGAGAGGGCCAACAACACCAGGUAUGGCUUGGCUGCUGCUGUGUUCACCCAGGACCUGGACAAGGCCCUGUACUUCACACAGGCACUCCAGGCUGGGACAGUGUGGGUGAACACCUACAACAUCGUCACCUGCCACACGCCAUUUGGAGGCUUUAAGGAGUCUGGCAAUGGGAGGGAGCUGGGGGAGGAUGGGCUGAAGGCCUACACGGAGGUGAAGACAGUCACCAUCAAGGUUCCACAGAAGAACUCCUAAGAAUGGCCACCAUGAGACCCAACUCCAGGCUAAGGGUUCCACAGCUACCUACCAGUAGUUGCCAAACAUUUUUUAGCCCCUUUAUUUGUUCCACGUGAACUCUUAGAACCUCAACAAAUGAAACCAUUAAAAUCAGAGCUUCUCUAAAGCAGGGAUGGGGGGCUGGGCUCAGUCCUAUCCAUCUGCACCCUAGCCCCAGGCCCCUUGGAGGCCCUGAGUAACUUCCAUGAAAACGUAGGCGUCUCUGGAAGAUAGAUUAAAACCACUGAUCUGGACUUUUAGUUCUUCCUGCUGAUCCAAGGACUUCCUAAUGGAUUAACCUGCUGACUUAGUGGAUGAACUCACCUCAAACACGGGAUUGGAAGGCAUUAGGAGUUUUGAUGGAUAUCAAAUCUUGGCCCCAUUCUUUAUUGACUUAACCUAAAAGAGAAGGGUGCUUUUCCUUUUCUAAGUACCAGUUGUUGGCUAUUUUACUUGCUUGCCACAACUUCAUUUUGCUACUGAUUUUCUUUAAUUUGAGGGAAGGAAUGGGCAAAGAAUGUAUGUAUGUAACCAUUCCUUUAAAAUAAGCUCAAAACAACCCACAUGUCUAUCAACUACUGAGUGAAUAAACAAAAUGUUUCCAUGGAAUAUUCCUUGUACUAUUCAGCCAUAAAAAGAAGGAAUGAAGUAUUGAC